UCCACCCUCCCUCCCAGAGUCCCAACCAUGGCGGCAGCUCCUCCUCCUCCCCGUCCCAACUCCAAACUCAACCCAAAAACCGUCCAAAAAGCGGUGAAAUCCCUCCUCAAAUGGCGAGCCUCCCAAACCCACCGAAACCCCGAAGACGACGAGUUGACCUACCUCGUCCUCACCCUCAAAAAAGCCCCCCCAAAGAACGGCGUCAUCUCCUUCCAAAUCCCCCUCCCACACCCCCUCCUCUCCUCCUCCGCCACCUUCUGCCUCAUCUACGACGACCGCCCCUCCUCCUCCACCCUCACCGCCCCCCAAAUCCACAAGCUCAUCAAAACCCACAACCUCCCCAUCUCCAAAGCCCUCAAGCUCUCCAAACUCAAGUCCCACUUCAACUCCUUCGAAGCCAAGCGCCAACUCAUGUCGUCCCACGACGCGUUUCUGGCCGACAAGAGGAUAAUAGAGCUGCUGCCGAGGCUGCUGGGGAAGCAGUUUUACAGGAAGAAGAGGAUGGUGCCGGUGCCGGUGGACCUGCAGAAGAGGAACUGGAAGGAGCAGGUGGAGAGGGUUCUCGGGUCGGCGAUGGUGCAUUUGGGGAGUGGGACUUGUAGUGUGGUGAGGGUCGGGAGGGUUUCGAUGAGUUGUGAGGAGAUUGUGGAGAACGUGGUUGCGGCCGUGGAGGGGAUUGUGGAGGAGGUUGUUCCCAGCAAGUGGCGCGGUGUGAGGUCGUUUCAUUUGAAGCUUCUGGAGUCGCUUGCGCUGCCCGUGUAUCAGGCCGUGCCGGAUGAGACGUUGUUGAGGAUGGAGGGAAGUGCGAAGGAUGAGAAGAAGGUGGAGUUAGUGAGGUGAGGUCGUUGAUGUGGAUUAGUUGGAUGAUCUGGUUUGUUGUUGUGAACAAGUAAAGUUUUGAGGUAAGAGGAGUAAGAAUGCAGGAGAGGGAUUCGGCAUGGCUGUUCAUUUGAGAUUUUCUGGCUUCAAAUUUUGAAUGUUCAGGUGUCCAUUUUCGAACUGUUUUGCAGUUUUGAUUUUGUUAGUUGAACGCUUAAUGUUAUAGUGCCAUAGAUUACUCUUUUGCUGUGGUUUCAUUGUGACUAUGUGAAUUGGAAUACAUUCUGCUAGUUUCAUUAUAACUAUGUGAAUUGGAACCUGCUAGGGAGAUUUAUACUGGCUUCCAUAUAUGCUGAUAUAUAAAGCCUUUGUUUCGAAUACGGGAUUUUGAUUUCAAUAUUCGAUUUAGGCUUUAUCUUGAAAUGAA